AUGACGACACUCAUGUUGCCCCAUUUCCAAGCCGUUGCACAAGGAUUUGUGCGUGCCGUGAAGGAGACGUUUCACUUUCCACUGGAAUGUUACGGAAAUUGUUGUGCUACUUGCCGUGAAGAGGUGCGGCGAGUGCGGCACGCCGUGUGGGUACAAGGAACCACUGACGACUUUCAGCUCAAAUGGACGUUGCCUUGAAGGUGCAUUUCUGAUUCGAGUCAACCCUACUGACAAGUUAUUGAACCAGUGCAAAUAACUUCUCCCACUACGACUGUCGCGCCUCUGCUCACUCAUCGAGAGCCUAGCCGCAUCACUGAAGGUAUGACAUCGACAAUGAUCGGUCUCGCUACUCGUCAAUAA